AUGGGAGCUCUUGAUUCUCUUUCCGAAUAUAUCUCCGACUACUUCCAUGUCACCAGAAAAAGAAGGAAGCGUAAAGUCAUGCAGACGGUGAAUCUAAAGGUGAAAAUGGACUGCGACGGCUGCGAACGCAGAGUCAAGAACGCUGUUUCUUCCAUGAAAGGGGUGAAAUCGGUGGAAGUAAACAGAAAGAUACACAAAGUGACGGUGACUGGUUACGUGGAACCAAAGAAGGUGUUGAAGAGAGUGGAAAGGACAGGGAAAAAAGCAGAGAUUUGGCCGUACGUUCCGUAUAACAUGGUCGCAUAUCCAUAUGCAGUCGGAGCUUACGACAAAAAAGCUCCGGCCGGUUUUGUCAGGAAGUCGGAGCAGUCACAGCCUUUGCCGGGAGCUCCUGACGACAAGAUCAUGUCCCUUUUUAGCGACGACAAUCCAAACGCUUGCACCGUUAUGUAA